ACAUCCAUCCUGGCUUGCUCUGUCAACAGUGAAGCAGCAAAUUCUCUGCCAAGACCCACGGGGGUGCGAGUGUCCCUUCCAGAAGGACUCACCCCACCCUGCUCCUGACCCAUCUUGCAUUGUGCGGUUUGAUCAAUGCUGCUCUCAGGCUGGGGAGCUGUCUCCUCUCCCCCCACCCUCUCCUUUGGACAGAGGGCAGCUGUAAGAUGACAAACAGACUGGGAGUAAGUUGGCAGAGUCCAGGCCUGACUGAUGUUCAUCAGCAGUUACACGGCCCUGGUGUAAUUUCCAUUAAUAGUGAGCUGAAAUUCUUGGCUAAAAAUAACUGGCUGCCUCUUCAUAAGGGGCUGGCGGGAGGCAGCUGCUCCGUACAGACAGAGCUCGCUUUGCCGGGCUGCUGAGGUGGGACCUGCAGGAAGUGCAACAUGUCGGAGCGCCGAGUGCCCUUCACCUUCCUUCGCGGCCCCAGCUGGGACCCCUUCCGGGACUGGUACCAGGGCAGCCGCCUCUUUGACCAGUCCUUCGGGAUGCCUCACAUCCCCGAGGACUGGUACAAGUGGCCCAGUGGCACCAGCUGGCCAGGCUACUUCCGCUUCAUGCCCAGCCAGGCUGCUGCGCCCAUGGUCGCCGCUGCUGCCAGCCCCAUCAUCACCUCGCCCACUGCCACCGGCAUUGACUAUAGCCAGGCCCUGAGCCGCCAGCUCAGCCGUGGCAUCUCGGAGAUCCGGCAGACCUCAGAGAGCUGGAAGGUCACCCUGGAUGUCAACCAUUUUGCCCCAGAGGAGCUGGUGGUGAAGACCAAGGACGGCAUUGUGGAGAUCACUGGCAAGCAUGAAGAGAAGCAGGAUGAGCAUGGGUUCAUCUCCAGGUGCUUCACCAGGAAAUACACCUUGCCCCCUGGCGUUGAUGCCACAUCAGUCCGCUCCUCACUGUCCCCAGACGGCAUGCUGACGGUGGAAGCUCCCCUGCCCAAGCCAGCCAUCCAGUCUGCUGAAAUCACAAUUCCAGUCACCUUUGAAAGCCAUGCCCAGAUAGCUCCAUCUGAGGCCAAGAAGUCAGAGGAGGCAGCCAAGAAAUAAGCAGCAUCUUGGCCUGAAGUAAAACUACUGUCCAGCUGUUACAACACGCUGCAAAACAACUUCUUUUCUUUCCUUUUUUAUUUUAUACCAGCAUGUGCACUGAGUUUCUCAAAUAAAUUGAAAAAAAUAAAAUAA